CUUCUUUAGCUUUUCUUACUUACAUUGCAUCUCAGUCACAUUACUUGCUGAAUGUAUCUUUAUUAUAGAAGUAUUUUAACUCAAAGCUACUUUUCUUUCUUUCUGCCUUUCUCUCUCCCCACAUUAUACACCGGAAUAGAUUGCAGUGAAUCUGUGGUUGAUUUAAUAAAAGAAAAAAUGAACAAAAAAAGAAAAGAAAAUAGGAGGAAAACGAGUGUCACAUCCUUCCCCUUUUUUAUUAUUAUAUAAAAAAGAAAAAGCUUGUGUCAUUCUUUAAUGAUGAGCAUAGAUGGCUACUCCCUUCUUGCUUCUAGUGUAGCAGCAAUUGUUGCGCGUUUAUGUACUCAUCCAAUCGACACCAUCAAGACGCGACUUCAAGUGGCUCCGCCAUCAAAUAACAUUUCAAAGAAUGCUUGGUUAAAGGAAGUCAUCCUCCAACAGUCAGCACAGACACCUUUACGUCCAGCUUCUAUUUUGUCUCUUUAUCGAGGUCUUCCCGUCACACUCUUAUUCAGUGUCCCAGCUCUAUCUGUUUAUCUAUCAUGCUAUGAGUCUACCAAAACCUGGCUUCAUAUCAACACUACCUCAAUGCCACGUGAUGCAAUGAUAAAUCAUGUUAUAUCUGGGGCAGUGGCUGAAUUGGCUGCAGGUACACUUUUUACUCCUAUGGAGGUUCUCAAGAACCGUCUCCAGACUGAACAGCGAAAACAGAAAGGAACGAGUGCUAGUGCAUUAGCGCAAAUUGUGUGGAAUAAAGAAGGCAUUCGUGGGUUCUUUCGUGGUUAUGGAAUGGGUCUGGCUGUGUUUAUGCCUCACACUGUGAUAUAUUUUGUUACCUACGAAAAACUCAAAGGACAGGCUGCUGCAAUGUUGAAGAAAGAUUCAGAUCUUGGACAAUUCCCGUUUAGUGUGUAUCUUGUGUGUUCAGGUGUAGCCAGCGCAGCUGGUAUAAUUGUGUCUACACCUCUUGAUGUCAUCAAAACUAGAUGGCAAGUGUCGGCUGCAGAGGAAGGAACAUUGUUUCGAAAAGGACCCGUGGCGAUUGCAUGUCAUUUGUGGUUGAACGAAGGUGGCUGGCGAGGCUUUUUCCGUAGUUUAGGGGCGCGGAUAGCAUGGGGAUUGCCUACUACGAUGAUUAGUAUGAGUGUUUUUGAAUCUCUCAAAGAUUUGCGGGGACGACAUUUAAAGAAUUCGGUCUGA